GGUUGGGGGUGAAAGGGGGGUCGCAGCCGAUGUGCAAUCUAAAUCACCGCAAUAUCUGUGUUUACAGUUCAUUGGCGGGGCUUUGUUGUUUCCGGCAUAGAUGAUAGAAUCACCACACGCUCACGCUGACCGUCAUGCUCUCUCGCCACGGGUUGCCACAGCCUAUCAGGGACUUUGCACCCACACCAGCCCCGAACCGUGUGUCGGUGGGCGCGCGCAGGGUCUGCAAAGGCUGCGCACAAGACGUGUUCAAUGCCUCGCUGGGAGGCUCUCUGCUAGCAUCACAUGCAGCGGCUUCACCUUCAUACACAUUAAGCUAUUCCAGGCUGGCCCGCGACAUCUACACAUCGAUUCUUGACGGUUGUCGCUGGUGCACCGUCGUCGGAAGUGCGGUGCUUACCAACUCUGAGCUGGAGUAUUGGAUGCGGAAUUGGAACGGAUCGCGCUCUGAUGGUGCCAGUCUGUUCUCAACUAGCAGCGAUGGGGAGACGGAAUCGGAGGCAGAGGAUGGCGAUGCAGGACCAGGUGAAUCAGAGGAGGCCACGAAUGCCGAAGAAGACGCGACUGAGAACCCUGGCUUCAUCAUGGUUGAAUCGCUCGCUUGCGCUGCCGAAUUAGACAUCGCGGUCGAAUUCCUGAAAUGGUCCGACAGCCAGGCCUUCAACCUUGCGAGAGUUACUGUUGAGGCGGCUACGUCGAUGGUCCAGGGCCACUGCUCCCUUCAAGAGAUGGUCGGCGACGACGCUGUGGUUAUGACGCUGGAAGUCAUAUGCGAAGACACCCUUGGUGAUACUCCAUCUUUCUUCCCUGAAUGGAAUGUCGUUUCUGCGGCCGAUGUGAAUGAGUGGGCACCGCGCGCAGAAUCGUGGCUUCGAUCUUGUACCGAUCAUCAUGCAUCUUGCGCUUCCACAGGCGGCAGCUUUCAGCCCACGCGACUCAUCGAUGUGCGCGACCUCAGUCACCCCCUUCUUGCCAUCUCCGGCGGCGAUGCCCAACACCGUGCCCACCCGUAUGCCGUCCUCAGCUACGUCUGGGGACCAAAGCAGGACUACGUCCUCACUAAGGCAACCGUCAGCCAGAUGUGCAUGGGGCUGGACCUGUCAAGGACCCCGAAGACCAUCUCGGAUGCGAUCAGAGUGGCACAUCGGCUCGGCUUCGACUACCUCUGGGUUGACGCGCUUUGCAUCAUACAGGACUCGCCCGAGGAUAAAGCUAGGGAACUACCGCUUAUGGCGAAUGUCUACAAGGAAAGUUCUCUUUGUAUUGUUGCAGCUACUGCCGCGGCGGCCUCGGAAGGAUUUCUCGAGACGCCUACUCCUCCUACCCGUUUCAUGGUCGAGCCCUUUCAAAUCCGGCUCGACUCCGCAGACGGCGGCCCGUCAUCCCUGACCUUCGCGUACCGGGCACCGUACAUGGCCUCGGCAGACCCAAUCAGCACCCGGGCGUGGACCUUGCAGGAGCGUGUUCUUUCCCGGCGUCUUCUGCUCUUCGGACGGAACGGGGUGAUGUGGAUGUGCCGGGAGUGUUUCAUCAACCCCGGCGCAGCACCAGACGCGGGUCCUCCAUAUCAGACGUCUCUUGGGCCCGACGCCGGAGAGAGUGAAAGCGACGACGAGGGGGAUCACGCCGCAGAGCUGGAGCGGUGGAUGGCUAUCCGCGCCGACUACAGCGAGAUGGAUCUCAGCUACUGCACUGACAAGCUGCCCGCCAUCUCCGCCGUCGCCGCCGAGGUGGGCAGGCGAACGGGCUGGACAUACCUGGCGGGCAUGUGGGCGCACAACCUGUUCUCCGAGCUACACUGGAGAUGUACCAAGCACGGUCCCUCGGGCGAGCAACUUGUGCUCAAGCCUGACAAGGCGAAAAGGGCAGGGUAUAUUGCUCCGAGCUGGAGCUGGGCGAGCGUCGGCCUCGGCGGCAUUGUCGACAGCGAAGGCGAGCGCGGCGACCGCGAGCCCUUUGAUUUCACGAUCCUCGAGUGCCACGUUGAUGCAAGUCCGGACUUUCCGUUCGGGCCCGUAUCCGGCGGGCAUCUCGAUGUACGGGGCAAGGCGGUGGAAUUAACCUGGAGACCGGAAGAGAAUGGCAUCAAUCCGGGGUGGGAUGUCUCGUUGAUCGAUGAACAGCAGCAGCUAAGCAGUGUCGGCACGCCAUAUAUAGUGGGCGCGGCGGCACUCGACCCUCUGGAUGCGCAUCUGGACCCGGCCCGGAAGCUGGUCUGUCUGGGGAUGAGCAAGCUCAGGCUCGGCCGGCAGCGCAUCCAGCCUAUUGAAGGGUUGUUGCUUCUCCCCAGCCAGUCUCAUAGCGGCGUGUUCCACCGCAUCGGUUUCUUUCGCAUGAAUGCGCCCUCCGUCUUCGACGGUGCAAUGACGAGUAUCUUCAGGAUUGAAUAAUAAUUAAUCAAUUCAACCAGUAAGUUGCGCGGUCAGUCGCUAGUAGAGGUUGGCGACCGUGACUAGUAGUAUGUAUGCUCAACUAUCUCUCCCUAGUUUUACCUCCCUUCCCCUUCCCCCAA